CUAAGACUAUUUGUGAGCGGGCUAUCUCUUCCGCUGCUAACGAAUCUUGCCCUGUGGCGGGGUUGUUAACUAUGUUCCAUUAGCGGCGUCAUAGUACAAUUAUGGUGCAUGCGCAUGUGCAUUGGAUUACAGCUUAUCGAGGAUAGCCUUCAGAGCGCUAUUGCAAAAAGGAACAUUCUGAGACAAAGGGUCCUCCUGACCGUUCUUGUGGCCUCCAAUCUCGAAACUUCCCAUUCUCAGCACAUGAGCACAGACGAAAUCCUCUGUCAGAUUUUGACUUGUCUGAUCGCAGGCUAUGAAACAAUGUCCUUGCACUGACAUGGUGCCUGUGCACUCCGGCCAAUGUCCAGACAGCCAGAGAGCGCUUCGCAAGGCUCUUCAAACAAUUCCUAUCAAUUCGCCAACUCUAGUCGAUAAUGGUGGGAAACUAAAAUAUCUCGACUGGGUUGUUUGCGACACGCUCAGACCGCAUGCCCCAGUAACCUGGACAAUGAGAGUUGCGACCAAGGAUGACCAAAUAUCAGUGACGAAACCCUUUCUCGACAGGAGUGGGGAGUCCAGGGAUGUUAUCAAGAUUGGAGAGCGUCAUCACCAUACCCAUUCAGGCUAUCAACAAGAAGGACAUAUGGGGGGAACACGCUUACUCCUUCAGGCCUGAUUGUCGAACGAUGGCAGAACCCUCCCAAGCAAGCUAAAGAAAUCCAGGGACUUUAUUCCGAUGUGCUUACGUUCCUCGAGUGGGAGCCAUGGAUACAUUGGCUUCAUUCAGGUUCGCCCUCGUAGAUUCUCCUAUGUGUUGUUAAGCACGCGGACUUGUCCCGUCAG